CGGGACCCAUUUUUACGGGACGCGAACUCCAGAAUUAGAAAGAAGCUUCGAUGACUGUUCUAGAGCUCGGUGCAGCUUCACAACCUACAGCCCAUGCUCUUCCGUAGGAACCCUUUACUUGACAGAUUACAAUAAGGCCAAAAAAACUAUAUAGGAGUCAGACUCACCCUUAUUCAAGUACAUUGCACCUUUUUUCUAUCUCUUCGUUGGUUGUAUAUCGGCAAUUCAAUGUUCAGACCUCAGUUCGAUAUCGAAAAUCGCCCCAGGACGAAAUAGGGGUGGAAUACAAAAUGUCUUCCAAUGGAAACAAGAAAACCUUCUCUAGCGAUGAAGAGACAACGGAUGAAAAAUUUCAAUGGGAUUCAUCCACUGAAGAUAUAAAUCUUCCUCACUUGGCUCCGUCCACAGCCCUGACAAGACCUGGCGAUGUAAGGUUACCAUUGCCAGUUGCACAAUCAAACAACCAACAAUCUACUCUCUUCUACCUCUCCUUGAUCGAGGCAAGAUGCAAAGCACAAGCAUUGACUACAUUAAACUCUAGUCGUGCACCCCAUGAUCAAUUACCGGAGAACCAUCCAGAUAUCCAACGUUUAGCUCAAAUUCUCUUUAGUGAUAUGGCGAGUGAGCUUCGUAGGUCAGGGGUACUUCCUAGAGCAGAUGAGCUUGCGAGUCGAGAAUUUGUAGCUCUUCGUGAGGGUUAUCUUUCAACGUUCGAUUUAAUUCUCGCGAACAGUGCAUCACAGCGGAUGCAAAACUCGACCUUCAGCCAGAACUCCAUUCUCCCUCUGGCAUCUGGCUCAUCAUUUGGGAUCUCCCACUUUGAUCAGCCGCCAAAUCUAAAUCUUGAGAUGAUUCCCAAGAAUCCAUUCUCAUCAGCUGCGUUAACUUCGAAUCCCUUUCAGUAUAGGUCGAUUUAUAAUAGAGAAUGGGAGCAGAUUAGUCUUCUGGGCAAGGGAGGGUUUGGCGCAGUCUAUAAAGUUAGACACAGAGUUGAUGAUUUAGAGUGCGCUAUCAAGAAGGUGAGCACCAAGCCACUUCCCAAUUAUUGUAACCAAUGGCCCGACUACAUUUCAACAAUGAAGAGCCUUUGGAUGCUUGGAUCGAAUUAUGACGUUCGAGUUAUUUCAAAUACUGAACUUUACUCAAAUGUUUGGAAUUUUUCAGGCAUUGAAAGUUUACAUCUAAUCUUCUAACACUAAAGUGUUGGACACCCUGCCUUGAUUUCAACUCUAUUGGGCACUCCAUAUAUUUUUGAGUGUUCAGCUGUGUUUGAGUGUCUGUUCUGGUGUGAAUAUUAUGUCGCUAACUUCCGUAUUUUGGUAGGUCAUCAUCACACCAGAUCAGCUACGCAAGGUUGAUACAGCAGCACUAUUGUCUGAAGUUAAAGCAUUGGCUGAACACAAGCACCCCAAUAUUGUCAAUUACUAUGGCUGCUGGAUUGAAAUGGGCAAUGAAAUUGUUCCAUCAGUGAGGCGAUUGAUGGAAGCUGAUGAGUCAAGCUAUCUUUCGAUGACUGUGAGGUAAGAUACCUUUUAAAACUGUUGUAAAGCUUUGAGCGCCUGCACAAUCAUGGCUAGUGCUUCUAUUAGUCCAGACGAAAGUCCGGCAACGAGAGGUCUCUUGGUUCUUGAAUUUAAUCGUGACAUUCAAAUCGUUUAGAAUGUUGAGCUGAGCUUAGAAUUUCACAACUUUUCAGAGAUUGAAUAUCAUCAUUCAAUCUUCUAAUGUGGACGCCCUGGCGCAAUCCAAGAAUGAAUCUAUUUAAUAAUAUACUGAUACUAGCUCGAUACACAAGGUCGCCCUCGUGUAUCGAGCUCUAUUAAAAAUCGAGUUUGCCAGGGGCAAAAAAAAAAUUCAAAGAUUGAAUACUAUACUAUCUAUUGGAAACCAUUUGUGAUUUUGGAAUUUUACUAACAAAUAUCCUUAGUGAAGUCGAGAGAUCAGAGGACGAACUUGGACUGCAGGAAGAUCCCACUUUCGGGAUGACCGGCUUGCGUCUAGAUAUGGAGAGAGAAUUAGAGAAAGACAACAGAAGACAGGGCCAAGGAAGAAUUAGCAGUGAUGUCAUCUUUGAUAUUUCAGAGACAAGGACUACGACGGGUAGUAGGAAGUCGACUAAUAUAGUGGAAGCAGAAGAUGGAGAUGAAGUUGAAGUUGAAGAUGACGAGGAUGAUAACAAUGACAAUGCCAUCAAUUCACGAGACAACAGGGCUCGCAUUCUAUACAUUCGGUUUACUGUCUAUCCUCUUACAUUGGAGGAGUAUAUCUCGACUGAUGCACCGCAGCCAGGCCACGAGUUUCCUAUCCGCCACUGCUUUCAUACAAUUCCCACAAUACGGAUUUUAAGUGCCAUUCUCAAUGGAGUUCAAUACCUUCACGCAAAACGCUUGAUUCACAGAGAUCUCAAGCCCGCAAAUAUAUUCCUAUCCGCCAAGAAAGACCUCGAAGCAUUCGUUCCUUCCCACGACCUCAUAGACGUCAGUAGGAGAGCCUGCGCCACCUGCACCGGUUCUGCCGAUCAAAACAAAGCUUACAUCACACCUUGCAUUGGAGAUCUUGGCUUAGCAGUCAAAUUAGCCGAAACUACAGCUACUCCCGCUACUGGCCCUUAUACUAGAGCCCGAGAGCUCAACCCAUCAUCACAGCUUUCUCGCCUCGGAUCAAAACAAGCAGGUACAAAGCUAUAUAUGCCUCCGGGAAAAUCUUCCAUUGUCUGUCCUAAAUUAGACGUCUAUGCCUUGGGUAUUAUAGCUUUUGAGCUAAUCACCCCUUUUACAACUCGUACCGAGCGUCAUAUUGUUCUAAAUAAUAUCAAAUCGGGUAUAUAUCCGACUGAGUUUGAGCAGCACGAGAUGGCGGAGGGAAUUAGGGGGAUGAUAGCCGAGAAGAGAUCUGAUAGAUGGGAUUGUGAGAGGGUUAGGGGGUGGAUUGAGGGUUUUAAGGUUGCUUAGGAGUAAUUGGUGGUAGGAUAAGUAAGGAGAAUAGAGUAAUGAAUUUAGAUUGAUAGUAUACCUAGUUAAGCGUCUCAGGAUUUUAAAGAACUAGAUUUUAUUUGUACGUGUAAUGCAGUUUGCUUUCUUUGUCAAGUUUCAGGCAUGAGGGAGUAGUAAAAAUUGAUAUAAAGUACAACCGCAGAAGCUAUUUCAUUUGUUCGCUCAAUCUUCUAUUUCAGUAGAACUUAUUAAUGAUCAAAACAUUAUCAGAUAUACGAAAUUCGAAAAGUGAUUUAAACUAUUUGCUGUCUAUAUUAUUAGACAUUUUGACUUAAUGCCCUAUUCAUCACCUCAUAACAUCUCGACCAAUAAUUACUUUCUCACUCCAUAGCUGUCCGCUAAU